AUGGAAUUGAAUCAGUUUUUAAGUGUCAGCGUGACUAGUUCAGCAGGAAUCCCUAGCACAUCAUCUUAUACACCUACUUCACCAAUACCCAACCGGUUGCUUGGAUCCUUGAAACACGACAUAGGAUACUCACCUAAUUCGGCCCUUUCUACUCAUUUUGAUUCUGAUGCUCUUUCCUCUGCGCUAAGUGACAGCCAAGAACAACACACCUCUGGGGAAAUUCACUCUGGUGUAAGCUCUUUGCAGGAUCAUUAUUUGCAUAGGCCAGUCUCAUCUGUGGACCAUCUCCAGGACGGUUUGAAACUAUCUACUAGGUCCUUUCUUCCGCAGGAUAUAAGUUAUGACCAUGAAACCAGGUAUGCAUUGCUGGAAUUAGAAACUUCUUUGAUGGCACCUGAUGGUGAUGAUCAAGUCACCACAUCAAGUACUUCUUUGGGUGUGAGCAGAAGGCAUACAACAUAUGGCCAGAGAAAUAGGUCCUGGAGCCAUGAGGGUCAGCCAAGUGAUGUUGCACGUGUAGAUAAGCAUCACAAAUCAACAGAGGAAGUAUUGCUACAAGAAUUCCCGUUAACCAAUUUGAAACAAUUGCUGAUUGUAUCCGCCAAAGCCUUGUCCGAAAACAACAUGAAAGAUUUUGAUCAAUUGAUAGAAAAGGCUAGAACUGUUGUGUCUAUAACUGGGGAGCCAAUCCAGCGCCUUGGUGCUUAUUUGGUGGAAGGGCUUGUUGCAAGGAAGGAGGCAUCAGGGAAUAACAUUUACCAUGCCCUUAGAUGCAGUGAGCCUGAGGGAAAAGACUUGCUCUCUUACAUGCAGUUACUGUAUGAAAUAUGCCCCUACUUAAAAUUUGGUUACAUGGCUGCCAAUGGUGCUAUUGCUGAAGCUUGUAGAAAUGAGGACCACAUUCAUAUCGUAGACUUUCAGAUAGGUCAGGGGAUUCAAUGGAUGACACUUCUUCAAGCUCUUGCAGCAAGACCUGGUGGAGCUCCUCAUGUGCGGAUCACAGGGAUUGAUGACCCCCUUUCUAAAUAUGUUCGUGGUGACGGAUUGGAAGCUGUUGGAAAAAGGUUGGCUGAAAUAUCUCAGACAUUUAACAUCCCAGUUGAGUUCCACAGUGUGCAUGUUUUAGCUCCAGAUGUGACAAAAGACAUGCUUGAUGUUAGGCCUGGUGAGGCUUUGGCCGUGAAUUUCCCUUUGCAACUCCAUCACACGCCUGAUGAGAGUGUCGAUAUGAGUAAUCCAAGGGAUGGGCUUUUGAGAUUGGUGAAAUCACUUUCUCCCAAGGUAACUACGUUGGUUGAGCAAGAGUCGAACACAAAUACCACCCCUUUCUUCAACAGGUUUAUAGAAACAUUGGAUUACUACUUGGCAAUUUUUGAAUCCAUUGAUGUGUCUCUUCCAAGAAAGAGCAAGGAUCGGAUUAAUGUGGAGCAACAUUGUCUGGCACGGGAUAUUGUCAAUGUUAUUUCUUGUGAAGGGAAGGAAAGGGUAGAGCGACACGAACUGUUAGGCAAGUGGAAGUCUAGGUUGACAAUGGCUGGCUUUUCUCAAUAUCCUUUGAGUACUUACGUGAAUUCUGUCAUAAGAAGACUGCUUAGGUGCUAUUCAGAACAUUAUAAUCUUGUGGAGAAGGAUGGGGCCAUGUUGUUGGGAUGGAAGGACAGAAAUUUGGUUUCAGCUUCAGCAUGGCAUUGA